GCAAAUGACCUUCCAACACAAGGCGGUCUAGCAGUGACCUCCAGACAGCCCCCACCCAUUCCCUCUCGACAGCCAGCUGCAAGACAAACCUCAACAAUUGCACCUUACUCCGGGUACUCCAGUUAUGGCUACCCAUAUAAUUCAGGAUUCAGUAACAUGUACGGGGGCUAUGGAGGUUAUGGUGGGUUUUACAACCCCCAACUAGCUGGUGAUGCUAUGGCUGGGGGAUUCGCACAGCAGGCUGAAGUUAGCACUAGGCAGGCUUUUCAAUCUGUGGAAACGAUCGUUCGGGCUUUUGGGUCUAUUGCUAUGAUGUUGGAUUCAACUUAUCAGGCAGUUUUCAAUUCAUUCCGUGCUAUAAUAGGCAUGGCAGACCAGAUAUCGCGAAUGCGACUCCAUCUCUCACACAUAUUCUCGACGUUGGCGCUCUUCAGAGUUCUGAGGUGGAUUGUUCGGAAGGUGAAGUACUUUCUGAGAAGGCUGAGGCUUGGAGGCGAGGUGGCUUUUAAUGAACAGUUGUGGGAAGAUAGCAUAAGGGCUGAUGGGUUGAAAGUAAUCAAAGACAUUGGAAAUUCUUCAGGAAAUCCUACUUGGCCAAUAUUUUUAUUCUUUGCAAUUGUCACGGGCGGUCCCUGGCUGCUCUGGAAGUUUUUCAACUCCUUCGCUGGAAAUCAUAAUGACAAGACAGCUGAUUGGCUGACUGGUUUGAGUGACAGCUACGUAGGUGUGGCUGAGUAUGACUUCCAGGCAAGAACACCUGAUGAAUUGAGUUUCAAGAGAGGGAAUAAGAUUUCAAUCGCUCCACAGGAGCUCCAAACAAACAAAGGAUGGUUACUGGCAUCUGUCGACAAGAUGAAAGUUGGUCUUGUGCCAAUGAACUUCAUAAAAAUUAUUGGCAAAAUCCGAGGAAAAAAUACGAAUCCAACAACUAGUCAGACAUCUGAUUCAAACGCCAACAUCUCAGACAGCACUCAAGCCAACGAGAGGCAUUAUUCGCCCAUCAUAAAUGAAAUCAUUUAUGAGAAUAUCUGCAAAGAAAAAAAGGUGAAUGACGAACAGCAGAGCAAAGUUGACUUCAGCCUUCCCAUUAUAGAUGAGAUGAGAGAAUGUGAAAAGGUCGCAACAAGUAGCUGCAGUGACCAGCCAGCCAGCAGUCAAAUCACACCAGUUAAAAAUGACAUGCAAGAUGUUCAUUUUAUCUCUGAGGAAAGUGACAGAUGCGUGAAGAUCACUGAAAAUGACGUCACCAAUCAAACCAUGGACGCGGUUGCCACUGUCAAUAUGAGUGCAGAUACUAAUAGCGGCAGUGACGCUAACAAGCCAUCGAACGCCGAUGAGGUCGGCUUACACGCGAGUCGAGUCUUAACAUUAUAAACUCAUUUUUUUCAUUUUUUAGUAUCUACUUUCUUCCAUUCUUAGUGAAAUUAUUCUCACUCAAUUUGUUUUGGUCGUUUGACUUUCACCCCCUCUGCAAGAAGUUUUUGUUUGAAAUAUUUAAUUUAUCUAAUCUGAUUUUGUCAAAAGUUUUUUUAGUACGUUCA